CCAAAAAUUUGGACUACGAUCACGAUUACAACAGGCAACUCGGAAGAGAAACUCCAAGUGCCACCUAAAAAACCACUAGAACACAAAUCACAGUUCAAAUGCUAAGAAUUGGAACUCUUUCCAGGGCUCUAGGGAGACCUGGAAGCUCUCUGCGAUGUCUGGUUUCUGGCAGAUGUGCAUCCACUUUGGUUGUUGCUGAGCACAACAACAAGUCAGUUGUUCCCAUUACUCUGCAUGCAAUCGCUGCUGCCAAUAAACUUGGUGGUGAGGUAUCAGCCCUAGUCGCUGGAACCAGCUGCGGAAAGGUUGUUGAAGAGCUGAGUCAAGUGGAGGGAUUGAGCAAGAUUUUAGUAGCUGAACAUGAAGCAUACAAAGGCUUCUUACCAGAGGUUUUAGCUCCACUUGUUGUUGGAACUCAUAAGCAGUUCAACUUUUCUCACAUUACUGCUGGUGCAACAGCGAUGGGAAAGAAUGUUCUUCCUCGUGUGGCUGCAUUGUUGGAUGUGGCUCAAUUGCAGGACGUGACAGAGAUUCAGUCAGAGGACACAUUUGUGCGAACAAUUUAUGCAGGCAAUGCUGUUUUGACAUGCAAAAGCAAUGAUAGUGUGAAAGUGUUUACCAUCAGAGGAACUGCCUUUGAAGCUGCCAAAGCUUCUGGUGGGGGAGUUGCAAGUGAAAAUGCACCUACUGCAGAAACAGGCAAUGAUCUGUCAUCAUGGGUUGGGGAGGAGUUGAAUGUUAGUGACAGACCAGAGUUGACAAGUGCCAAGGUUGUGGUAUCUGGAGGUAGGGGAAUGAAGAACGGAGAGAACUUUGAAAUGCUCUAUAAACUGGCUGAAAAAAUGAAUGCUGCUGUGGGUGCCUCCAGAGCAGCUGUUGAUGCUGGAUAUGUACCUAAUGACAUGCAAGUUGGACAGACAGGCAAAAUGGUUGCCCCAGAACUGUACAUAGCUGUGGGUAUUUCUGGUGCCAUCCAGCACUUAGCUGGCAUGAAAGACAGUAAGACUAUUGUUGCAAUCAACAAGGACCCAGAGGCCCCAAUUUUUCAAGUUGCUGACUAUGGUUUAGUGGCAGAUUUAUUUAAGGCGGUUCCUGAACUAACGGACAAGAUUUGAUUGGAUAAAUGACAUUUUUGUAAACCGGAAAACCCUGGCACUGUACAGCUCUAUGAAAAACACUGGACCGAUAACGAUGAUGCCCAUUGCAUUUUUCAAACUUAAGUGGUUGACUGGAUGUAAGCUAAGGCUUAGUGUUUGUUUUGGAGAAUAAAAUAUUGACUCUGUUG